AUGGCAGACGAAAAACCCCAAGUUGUUGAAGGCGUUAUAGGAGAACAGCAUCACAUAGCUGUUGAUACUGGUACUGGCAAGACAGCCCAGCGUGAAGGAGCCCAAGCGAAAGAGGUUCACAAUGCCGAGCUGUAUGCAGCAAUUCAAGAGACCAAAAUCUCAAAAACAAGCAAGGAGUCCCUUCACCUGUUCUUUUCCGUUUUUGUUGCAUUUUGCUGUGCCUGUGCCAACGGGUAUGAUGGGUCCCUUAUGACGGCUAUCAUUGCUAUGGAGCAUUUCCAAAACACCUUCCAUACCAAGGCCGUUGGAUCACAAAUUGCUGUCAUGUACUCGCUGUAUACAGUAGGGUCUAUGGUAGCUGCGCCAUUUGCAGCAAUUCUUUCGGACCGGUUCGGUCGGCGCCGUGCAAUGUUUUGUGGUGCCAUUGUCAUUAUUGUUGGCGCCGUGAUCGUAGCAACCUCGUCCACUGUCGCGCAAUUUGUUGUUGGAAGAUUUGUGCUGGGUAUGGGCAUCCAGGUCAUGACAGUUGCUGCUCCCGCCUACGCCGUCGAAAUAUCGCCGCCGCAUUGGCGCGGCAGAUGCACCGGGUUCUACAAUACUGGCUGGUUCGGUGGCUCAAUCCCUGCAGCUGCCAUCACGUUCGGAUGCAAUUCUAUCGGCAACAACUAUCAAUGGAGAAUCCCGCUGAUUCUCCAAGGGUUUGCUUGUGUCGUCGUCAUAGCGGCCGUCCGCUUUAUUCCAGAGUCCCCGCGCUGGCUCAUGGCAAAUGGAAAAGAGGAACAGGCCCGCGAUUUUCUGAUCAAGUACCACGGUAGUGGUAACCCGAACUCCCGCUUGGUGCUCCUCGAGUUAGAAGAGAUGAAGGAGGGCAUCAGACAAGACGGUAUCGACAAGACAAAUUUCGAUUAUCGCCCUCUAUUCUUGUCGCACAGUGGCCGGUGGCGGAUGGCGCAGGUGCUGAUGAUUUCUAUCUUUGGCCAAUUCUCUGGAAAUGGCCUCGGAUACUUUAACACUGUCAUCUUUGCACAACUCGGCGUCACCACUUCUUCUGGUCAAUUGGGCUACAACCUGCUCAAUUCGGUCCUUUCGGCGAUUGGUGCAUUGAGUGCAGUGGCCUUGACAGACCGAAUGCCACGACGCAAAGUUUUGGUCAUUGGAACAUUUGUUUGUGCCGUCAUGCUUGCCAUCAACUCUGGACUGUCGGCCGCUAUCAAUGAACAAGGAGAAAAUAUCAUCACGUCAUAUGCUCAAGGUGGCUUGGCUGCGUAUUUCUUGUUCAACAUUAUCUUUUCAUUCACAUACACUCCUCUGCAAGCCGUCGUGGUUACGGAAGCCCUCGAAACAACGAUUCGAGCCAAAGGCCUUGCUGCCUCUGGUGUUAUUGUCAGUGCCAUGGGGUUCAUCAACCAAUUCGCCGGGCCCAUCGCGCUGCAAAACAUUGGUUACCGCUACAUCUUUGUGUUUGUCGGCUGGGAUGUGAUUGAGUCCAUUAUAUGGUACUUCUUUGGUGUCGAAGCUCAAGGCAGAACCUUGGAAGAGCUUGCAUGGGUAUAUGAUCAGCCGAAUCCUGUCAAAGCAUCUCUCAAGCUUGACAAAGUCAUUGUCCAAGCCGACGGAAAGGUUACAGAGAAAAUAGUUGAUGCAGCCAACCUGUAA